CAUUACCAAGAUGGCUGCAUAGUCCAAAAUUUCGUAAUAUUUAAUAAUAUGCUGAAGAAGUUCUUUUUACACAUUAGCCUACCUAUCGAAGAAAAUUAGAGAAUGGUGCAAAUGAUAGCUAGACCGAUUGGUCCUAAUCGGUUUCCAUGGUUGCUAUCUUCGAGAAAUAUCUUGCAUCAUUGUUGUAGGAGAACUUACGUAAGUUCAAAGAGCUCAAAAUCGAUUCGAACAUCAAACCUGCGAUGUACAUACAGCCAAGUAAAACAUUUGAAAAAAGAGUACAAAGCUGUGAGAAGACUGAUUGCAGGUUCUGAUCAGAUAUUUCUGUCUUCAUCAAGGAUAUGUGCAGGUCACCAGUGCUUCUACAGUACUGAUAGCAAUAAAAAUGCAGGAAGUGAAGAAGGCGAAAGAAAGGAUAGAGAGAAGAAUGAGAAAGAAGAAGAAAGUAGUGGUGAUCAGGGAAUAGAUAAAUUACAGUACUGGCUCGGUGGGCUAGCAUUGUUCUGUGUUAUAGCAGGGAGUGUACAGUAUUCUAUUAUGCCAAGUGCAAAAUCAGUUUUGCCCCAGCAUGUCAAUUUUGAGAAGUUUGAAGCAGAAUAUCUGAUGAAAGGAAAGGUAAAGGAAGUUCAUAUUUUUGUAUCACAAGGAAGCUCUGGUCAGGAAGUACCAGUUGUAAGGCUUUAUCCUUCCACUGGCUCAAAUCAAAGACACCAUGGUGGUUCAGCAAAUAUGAAUGAAGAAAGAGUGAUUGUGGAUACAAGGCAGAGAGGUCAGUUUGAAGAAAUGUUGAACCAUUUUGAAGCCACACAUAAUGUCAGUCCGAAGGAAAGAAUCAAAGUUCACCACCAAGCAAGCUACACAUCACUUGAGAAUGAAUCUACAUAUAACAACAUGUUGUUAAGCCCGUUCCGAAUUGCCAUUGCGAUUGCGGCACUUAUGAUGAUACGGAGAGGAAUGAAGAGUCAGGGGAUGUUCAGAGGGGAAAAAUAUAUGUUUAAGGGAAAAAAGGAAGUAAAAGAAGAGACUGCAGAAAAGCAGAAAGAUGCCUCGAAACCGGAUUCGUUUUCAGAUUUGUUAAGAAAUUCUAUGUUUGGUGAUGAAUUUGUGAUCAAGCGUGGCGACAAAUUAAUGAAAGACCAGAUAAGCUUCAAAGAUGUGGUUGGAAUGCAUGAACCAAAAGUCGAAGUCUUAGAAUUUGUAGAUUAUUUAAAGAAUCCAGCCAGAUUUGUAGUACUCGGAGCUCGACCACCGACUGGUGCAUUACUGUUAGGUCCUCCUGGUUGUGGUAAAACAUUGCUAGCCAAAGCAUUAGCAGCAGAGUGUGGAGUGCCAUUCUACUUCAUCGCUGGAUCUGAAUUCAUCAAUAUGAUUGGAGGUCUGGGUGCCUCAAAAGUGCGUGCUCUGUUUAAGAAAGCUCGUCAAACUUCUCCAUGCAUUGUAUACAUUGAUGAAAUAGAUGCCAUUGGUGGUAAAAGAUCCGAUGCUUCCAAUGCUUGGGCAGGUAAUAGUGAAAAGGAUCAGACGUUGAACCAGUUGCUGACUGAGUUAGAUGGCAUGCAUGCAAGAACAGAUGUAAUUGUUCUGGCAUCAACCAAUAGAGCAGAUGUACUUGAUAAGGCUUUGUUACGACCUGGAAGAUUUGAUAGACAUAUAAUGAUUGAUCUGCCAACAUUAAAAGAAAGAAUAGAAUUGUUUGACCUUUAUCUCGCUAAAUUGACAUUGAAGAAUCCUCUGUCUACAUAUUCUUCGAGACUGGCCCAGUUAACACCUGGAAUGAGUGGUGCGGAUAUUGCUAAUAUAUGCAAUGAAGCUGCAAUACAUGCUGCAAGGGAAAGUCAGAAGUCAGUCACGGCUAAAGAUUUUGAAUAUGCUGUUGAGAGAAUGAUUGCAGGUGCUGCUAAAUCUACAAAUAAAAUGACAUUUGGGGAGAAGAAAGUAAUAGCGUACCAUGAGUCUGGUCAUGCCCUUGUCGGAUGGUUACUUGAGCAUACUGAUGCGCUGUUGAAGGUCACAAUUGUUCCAAGGACUUCAAAUAUUGGAGGGUUUGCACAGUAUUUACCUAAAGAAACGUCAUUGUACUCUAAAGAACACCUCUUCGAUAUGAUGUGUAUGGCACUUGGAGGCCGUGUAGCGGAAUCUGUGAUAUUUAAUAAAGUUACAACAGGUGCUCAAGAUGACUUAAGUAGAGUAUCAAAGCUGGCAUAUGCCCAGAUAAAGACAUAUGGGAUGAGCAAGAAUGUGGGACUACUUUCAUUUCCCUUGGAGGAAGAAUAUGGAAUCAAGCCAUUUAGCAAGAAGUAUCAGAAUAUCCUUGACCUUGAGGCACGGCAGCUGGUUGGAAAAGCUUACAAACAUACAGAGGAAGUGAUUAGAGAAAAUAUAGAUAAAUUACACAAGGUUGCCAACCUGUUACUAGAGAAAGAGACAAUAAAUGCCACAGAGAUUGAGGAUGUGAUUGGUCCACCCCCAUUUGGAAGAAAAACCAUGAUAGAUCCUGCAACAUUUUAUGAUGAAGAACUUACUGGCACUAAUGACAAUAUUCCCCCACCGCAGAAUGUAGAAAAAAAUGACACAACUGAAAAGUCAACUUAAAGCAGCUAGCUCAUUUUACAUCAUUUAUGUUUCAGAUUUUGAAAUUUAAAAAAAGCACUUUCAUAAGUUAGUAAAUGGAAUGAAAGUAAAGACUAUGUGAUUUAGUGUUUCGUGUAUUAAUUCUCGUAAAAAAAACAGCAAUUGUGUAGUCAUUAAAAGGAGCAGGCUUCAUUUACAUCGUGUCAUUGUGAUAUAUGAUCAAUAGAAAGGUUAUGUACCUUUUUCCAAUUAUACCUCGCAAUGUAGAAGACCUAGGAGGCAUAUAGUGUUUGAACUGACCAUCCAUCCGUCAGUCACACUUUCUUGUAUACUGAACUCUCCUACAGUUUCUCUCCAAUUCAAAUGGAACUUGACAUGCACAUAUUGUUUGCAAUUUCAUAUCAGAUUUGUUUAACUGUUAACCCCUUUUUGACUUUGAAUUUUAUUCUGUCAAGCAUUUUAUGGGGUAUGUCUCAUAUAAUGUUGAUAUCAUUCUUUUUCUUGAAGAUUCUUUUGAAAUAUUUUACUACUAGUACAAAAAAAUGCUUUUUAUGCCCCCGAAGGGAGGCAUAUUAGUUUUCAACUGUCCGUUCGUUCGUCACAAAGUUAACUUUUUGCAUGAAGGCACUUUACUCGCGAACCACUGCACCCAGGACCUUCAAACUUCACAUGCUGAUAGUACUUAUUGAGUACACCACCCCUACUGACUUUGGGAUCACCAGGUCAAAGGUCAAGGUCACAGAAGCCAACGUUAACUUUUUGCAUGAAGGCACUUUACUCGCAAACCACUGUACCCAGGACCUUUAAACUUCACAUGCUGAUAGUACUUAUUGAGUACACCACCCCUACUGACUUUGGGGUCACCAGGUCAAAGGUCAAGGUCACAGAAGUCAGCGUUAACUUUUUGCAUGAAGGCAUUUUACUCGCAAACCACUGCACCCAGGACCUUCAAACUUUACAUGCUGAUAGUACUUAUUGAGUACACCAUCCCUACUGACUUUGGGGUCACCAGCUAAAAGGUGAAGGUCACAGGGGCCAACGUUAACUUUUUGCAUGACGGCACUUUACUCGCGAACCACUUCACCCAGGACCUUCAAACUUCACAUGCUGAUAGUACUUAUUGUGUACACCGCCCCUACUGACUUUGGGGUCACCAGGUCAAAGGUCAAGGUGCUGUGGGGGCAUUUGUCACCAUUAGUGACAGCUCUUGUUUUGAUUGAGACUGCACAAAGGUUGAUACUUGGUCAAUUAGUGAAAGAGAACACAAUAGUAAGAUACAUAUAGAAACACUACUUGCAGGUUUCGUGCUUAUUUUAACUGAUGUAACUUAUGUCUUUUGCCAAUGGAAUGUGUAAAAUGCUUGUAAAAUGUUUCAAAUUCUUGUCUAGAAGAGAGUGCUGACUAGUCUUAAACAUUGUCUUAAAGCUUUCCAUGCUCAAAGGAUGAGCAUUCUAUGCUGUAAUAUGAGCAUUCCAUUUUCCAUGCUCUGCUUUGAGCUUCCCAUGCUCCAAUGUGAGCUCUCCAUUUUCCUUGCUCUUACGUGAGCUUACCAUGCUCCAAUGUGAGCUCUCCAUUUUUCAUGUUCUAACAUGAGCUUACCAUGCUCUAAUGUUAGCGCUUUAUUUUCCAUGCUCUAACAUGAGCUUUCCAUGUUUUAGUGUGGGUUUUGCAUAGGUACCUUUACAAAAUAUUUGUAUAUAAAAAUGUAUUGUUGGUAAAACAACUGACAAUAUUGUUAUGAGAAAUAAAUCAUCAAAGUGUU